AUGGCUGUCGCUGAUUACAAGAAGUAUCUGGCGGAGAAUGUCCUCAAUGAGCGCCGAACGGUCACUUAUCGCUCGUUGAGUCGAGCUCUCCGGGUCCACUGCACGUUGGCCAAGCAAAUGCUUUACGACUUUCACCACAGCGAAAAUACCAAGAAACCGAAUAGUGUCAAUGCCACCUACCUUCUCACGGGCAUCCAGAAACCACCCAUUCCCCCCACUACGAACGGCGCGCAUGCCAAUGGCGACGAUAACGAAGAUGAUGUGAUGGCGAGCAGUCCUUACCUACCGAGCUCUAUGCUUAACCAAGAUUCGAUCGCCGAUGAUGUCGCUACCGUCUCUGUUAUUCUCGCCCGGGAGGAGGAUCUCGAAGAUGCCAAGGACACCUUUCAAUCAAUUACCUCGAUCUAUGUUUACAGCUUGCAGCCUACGAUUCUCCAGGAUCUCAAUGUCUUGACUGACGUCGGUCGGGAGAUGAUAAGCAGUCAUGCGAAUGAGGACCCGCUAAAAUUUGGGAAACAAUGGGGCAUGAUCCAAAAUAAACACGUGAAGCGGAGAACGGGCGCGCGGCCGCCUGCACCUGCACCGACACCAGCUCCAGCUCCAGCUCCCGCCUCAUCCAAGCCUGUCGUGCCUUCGAAGCGAUCAAACGAAGCGUCGCAAGAAACGAAUCCCGAACCCAAGCAGGAAGACCGCUCGGAGCCUACGCAACCAUCGCAACGUAGCAAUGCUCCAUCUUCCAAGCCUACGGAGAAGCCUACGGAGAAGCCAGGUCCGGUGAAGCGAGAAAAGAGCAAUCUUUUCAGCUCUUUUGCGAAAGCGAAGCCUAAGCAAAAGAAAGAAGAUUCGACACCAGCUACCUUUGGAGCGGAUUCGGCCGAACCCGGUGCUCCUGAAGAUGUUGUCCUGGACGAUGCUUCGGAAGAAGAAGCCGAAGAGCUUUUCCCCGAUACUGGCAAGUCCUCGUCCGCCGGUACACGAGAGACAAGGAAAGAGCGAGAGGCGAGGCUGAAACAAAUGAUGGAGGACGAAGACGAAGAAGAGGACGAGGAAAUGCCGGAUGUCCCAGAACCCGCCGAAGAAUCUAACCCCAUUGACGAAGCACCGCCCAAGCCUCCUUCUCCGAAGGAAGAAGUUACCGUUGGGGGAGGACGUCGCCGAGGAAGGCGUCAAAUCAUGCAGAAAAAGACAGUCAGGGAUGACGAGGGAUACCUUGUGACGGUCGAGGAACCCUCCUGGGAGUCAUUCUCCGAGGAUGAGCCUGCACCGCCGCCCAAGAAGAAACCUGCCGUGAGCGCAUCAAAGGGUAAGGCAGGAGCUUCACCUUUGCCUUGGGCGCAAGGGGUUCUGCAGGAUAUCCUGAUGAGCCUGCGGUUCUUCGACGAGCAUGUCCGGACUAUGUAUCGUAUGCUUCAGUGCCACAGUAGGACACUACCCCUACUUUCCCUCGUGGAAGACGUCAAACCAUCCCGUCUGACCUUCCCACCUAGUGCCCCAUACAGCGAGGGCCCACUCAAGCUCCCCUUCCAACGACCAGCAACCGAAUGCCGUACCUUCAGCUCUCCUGCUGUCGAGCAGGUGAUUGAAGACGUCACUUCGCGCAUGAAAGACAAAGACCUCGCCCGGUUGUUUCAAAAUGCUUUUCCGAAUACCCUGGACACCACUGUCCGAUGGCAUGUGGACGGCACCUCGUCCGUCGCAUCGAAAGCGCAAAGAGACGCGUCGCAAUGGCAGGGUGCCCAUACCUUUAUCGUUACUGGCGACAUCAACGCCGAAUGGCUGCGCGACUCGACGAACCAGUUGACCGGGUACCAGGCUCUCGCGAAGAAAGAUAAGAAGCUCUACAGCCUCAUCCUAGGCGCAAUCAACACCCAAGCCGAGUUUGUCAUCCAAUCUCCAUACUGCAAUGCGUUCCAGCCUCCGCCGCCUAGUGGACUAGAGCCGACUACCAGCGGGCAAGAUGACCAGGUGCAUCCGGCGUAUGAGUCCUCCGUGGUGUUCGAAUGCAAGUACGAGCUCGAUUCACUUGCCCAUUUUCUUGCUCUGGGGACAGAGUUCUACGAAAACACCAAAUCUACAGAAUUCCUGACCACCCGAUGGUACUCUGCCCUGAACACCGUCCUCAAAGUACUAGACGCUCAGUCACAGCCGACCUUCAACGACAAGGGCCAGUACGUCGUCAACCAGUACACCUUCCAGCGCAAAACCACGCUGGGCACCGAGACCCUCAGUCUGGCUGGUGUCGGAAACCCAUUGAACCACGGCACGGGGCUUAUUCGCAGUGCGUUCCGUCCAAGCGACGACGCGACUAUUCUCGGAUUCUUCAUCCCCCCGAACGCGCAGAUGGCCGUGCAGCUCAAAAAGACGGCCAAGGUGCUCCGCGCAGCCGGGGGCAAAGACGAACUGGCGAAAGAGCUGGAGGAGCGGGGAGAUAAGCUCGACAAGGCGAUCAAGGAGCACGGUAUUGUCAAUCAUGCUAAAUACGGCGAUGUAUAUGCCUUCGAGGUCGACGGGUACGGCUCUCGCAUCCUCAUGGACGACGCCAAUAUCCCGUCUUUGCUUUCUUUGCCGUAUCUGGGCUAUGUCAGCAAAGACGAUAAGGUUUACCAGAACACGCGCAAGAUGCUCCUCGAGAAGGACGGUAACCCGUACUAUCUCACUGGUUCAGACUUCCAUGGCAUUGGUGGUCCUCAUAUCGGUCUCCAAAACGCCUGGCCCAUGUCCUUGCUCAUCCAGGCCAUGACCUCCGACUCAGACGUCGAAAUCACCAAGUCCAUCAAUCUAGUUCGCAACUCGAGCCUUCUGGGCCUCGUGCAUGAAUCGAUCAACGUCAACAAUAUCAAAGAUUACUCGCGUCCGUGGUUCGCUUGGGCUAACUCGGUCUUUGCGCAGACUAUCCUGAAGGUUGCUGCGGAGAGACCGCAUCUUCUUUUCGGGGAGGGCGCGGAUCCGUACAUAAUCGAAUAG